AUGCAUCUCUUCAUUGUUUGCGCUGCAGCUGCAAUCUUUGUGGCAACAUCAGAUGUCCAAGGAGGCGGCUAUGAGCACUAUGAAGGUGGAUACGCUCUGGGCGGUGGAUUAGGGGACUACGGUGGACACGAGGCGGUAUCUUCGGGUGUCGCCUACGGAGGAGGCAACGACAUCGGCCACGGUGGAGGAGGAGGAGGACACGAAGAAUACGUCGAUUACCAUUCUCAUCCAAAUUACCAUUACGACUACGCCGUUCACGAUCUGCACACCCAUGACAUCAAGAGCCAAUGGGAGACGCGCGACGGCGAUAAAGUCAAGGGUGAGUACACCCUCGUCGAGCCGGACGGUUCCAAGAGGAUCGUCCAGUACACGGCGGACAAACAUUCCGGAUUCAAUGCGGUCGUCAAACACGUGAAACCAGGAUAUUGAUGAGACAAAGAGAAGAACACGGAGAGAGAGUGAAGCCAUUUCUAGCCCCCCAACCCCGUUAAAACCAACUCUCGCGCCCUCUAUAUUCUCUUGCACGAACCAACCACCAAUUUAAUAUCACAAGGAUUCUCAUUCGCUCUAAUAAUUUUAGUUCUUAGACCAACU